AAGUGUCACUGAUUCCAAAUAAAACUUGGUCAGCUAGUUCAGAAGAUGGUUUAAUUGGAUGUAGCAUUCGAUAUUGUUCUUUUGAGGUUCCUUCAACUGAUUAUGUUAUCGGAACACCACAUGCAGCAUUGAGUAGCGAAAAUGAUUUUUAUGAAUUGAUUGAAGCAUAUUUAGGAAAACCACUUCGUCUUUACGUUUAUAAUGCUGAUUUUGACGUUUGUCGAGAGGUUAUCAUUGUUCCUAAUCACGAAUGGGGUGGUGAAGGUUCUUUGGGGUGUGGCGUAGGUUACGGAAUCCCAAAAACAAAUAAAUUUAAAUCACGCGAACAAAAUUUUGAACUAUCAUGGAACUCUUCUUCACAUCCUCUUCUUCAUCCUUCGUCUGAACAGCCUUCAAGUACGUUUGCUUCUGCUUUCAACCUUGAUGAUACAGCUUCUGAUAAUGAAAAACACACAUAUUCAAACCAUCCUGACUACUCAGCUCCUGCUGAGAUAGUUAAAGAAGAAAUUAAGAAUCAAAAUGAUAGUUAUGAUGAACAAAUAAUAAACGAUGAUCAAGUUUCAAUUAAAUCGGAAAAUAGAUCAAUUUCGAAUGGUGAUGAGAGUGAGAGUAUAGUCAUUGUUGAAAAGGAAAAUUAA